AUGAGCUCUGUUCAGACACCCGCUUCAACACCGUUCCCAUCAACACCUUACAAGCCACGAUACGACAAAUGGCCGUACGAUGCCUGCGAUUUCCAGCGCCAGGACGAGAAUGACGACGGAAUCUUUUACAGACAGCCACGUCUUGUGACGCAUAUCGAUGACCCUGCUCUUGAGAGGCUUACUGCAUAUUAUGACACUGUGUUGCCGUCCAAAGGCAAGAUACUAGACGUUUGUACAAGCUGGAAAAGUUUCUUUCCCACGUCCGCGAAGAGUGCAGUGCAGAGGGGCGAUGUGGAAGUGUUUGGCGUCGGGCUGAACGCAGAGGAGAUGUCUCUGAACGGGCUAUUCCAAGGAGAAAAGAGAUGGAGAGUAAUCGAUCUUAACAAACAGCCGCACGACCCAAGAGCUGGAUGGGCUGGGGAGAAAUUGAAAUUCGAUUUAGUCACGUGUGUUGUAAGCAUUGACUACUUAAAUCAUCCGUUAGAGGUAUGCAGGAACCUGCUGGACGCGACUAAUGAGGGUGGAACGAUCCAUCUCGCAAUCAGCAAUCGAUGCUUCCCCAAUAAAGUCGUAAGGAGAUGGAUGAUGUUGAAUGAACAGUCGCGACUGGAGUUUGUUGGAGACUACCUGCACUUCUCUGGAUGGGACAAAGUCGAGAUCGUGGAUCUUUGCGCCAGAACCGAGGAAGGCGUAAGGAUCACUGACGACCACGGAACCCCAACCUCUUCUUCCGCCGCUACGGGGCAUAUAGGUCACCUCGAUCCCCUGUGGGUUGUGCGAGCAACAAAAGACACGUCGAAAUAG